AUUCUUCUAUUGUUUUUUAAAUUAAUAAAUUAAUGUUACCCACAAAUUUGAUUCAUUUACCUCUCUGUGUUCCCCCCCAAAUUAUACACAUCAAUUAGGGUUUUGCUAAAUAUUCUAGGGCAAACUUCCCGCCUUUCUCUAUUUUUAAUUUUCUAGGGUUUACUGUGUGUGUUUAGUUAGUGUUGUAAUGCGUCUGUAUUGAUUGGCUGUUAAUUGAAUUGUUUGAGGGGAAUUUGAUUGAUAUUAGUUGUUAAGAACGAAACUUCAUACGCUGAAUUGUAUGUUGUUGACAUUUGAGGAGGGAUUUUUCGGUUCAAUCGGAUAAAUUUUGCAGUUUACUUGGAGGUGUAUUGAAUUCUAUGGUAGAGAAUCAGAACGGAUUGUUAAAAAAUGAAACGCAAACGUGGAAAUAAGAAAGGAAGACCUAAAAGGCCCUCGGUGAUGGUUCCAAGCAAAGAAACUCCCCAGAUAUCUAAUGGCAGUACAGAAGAUAAUUCGGGAACAGAUGAUUUUAAUAAGAAUGAUGUUGACUCUGGCAUGGAGGCUGGGACAGCAUCGUCAACGGGAACUGAUCAGCCCGGAAAGCCUGCGAUUGUUAAAUCUGGUGGGGGGGUUGAGAAAACAUCUGGAACUUUAGUUUACACACGUGUUAAAGUUAAGAUCAAACCUUCAAAAGCUUUUGACGCUCAUCCUACUUCUUCGGAAGCACCUCCACAAAGCGACACUGAUAAGAGCAGCCAUAAAGUGAGUUUGGAGAAACAAGCUAUUCCUGGUGACAGGAUGGAAGAUAGCCCCAAGUCGUUACCUGAGAGUAAUCUUGGUCUAUCAGUAACAACGUCUAAGAAGGCUGGAAGCAUUAAGAUUAAAUCUUCCAGGGGCUUUAGUUCUUCAACAUUAAGUCCAUGUAACAACAAUACUGGACUGCUACAGGGUGAGAUUUCACAGCGGAAAGAGCCAGCUUGUCGUCAGGAUUCCAUGUACAGCAAGCAGGAGCUAGAUACUGCUUUGGAGGUAAUUAAGAAAGUGAUGAAAAUGGAUGCAGCCGAGGCUUUCAAUGCUCCAGUAAAUCCAAUUGCAUUAGGAAUACCUGACUAUUUUGACGUCAUUGAUACACCAAUGGAUUUUGGUACAAUAUGCAGCAAUCUUGAGAGUGGUGUCAAGUACUCAAACUCAAAGGAUGUAUACAAGGAUGUGGAAUUAAUAUGGAAUAACUGCUUUAAGUACAACAACAAAGGAGAUUAUGUUGUAGAUCUUAUGAAAAGGGUGAAGAAGAACUUCACAAAGUACUGGACAUCAGCUGGGUUGUACAGCGAGCCACAGCAGGAUACUGAAAGCAUUUAUAUGAAAGAUAUGGCAGCUUCUGUUCAUGGGAAAUCUUCUGUCAAGAGUGGCGAAUUGAAACACAAGAUCCCAAAACGUCACAAAGUUAAAAAGCACAAGGACGACUGUAUGUGUGCUAUAUGUGUCAUGAUGAGGCGGAGGCAGGAGCGUGAAGCGAAUGCUCAAUCAGCUGACGAUCAUAUUGAGAGUAGUGGGGGUCUUUCUGUACAACAAAAAGCCCGAGCAGAGGAAGCUUCAGCAGUUGAAAGUCCUUGCGGUGGAGAUACUUCAUCAAGUGUAGAAAAUUCACAAGACCAAGACGGAAAUGGAGGCAUGGAAGUUAGAGGAGAUGAUGUUAAGAUGGAAAAUGUGGAAGAUGUUGAGGAGCUAUCUAGCUCUUCCUCGGGGGAGGAGGAAAAGGAAGACAAAGAUGUCACAUCCCAGACAAAAGUAAGUGGUAAUGGAUUGGCAGAGGACAAUAGGCAGUUUCAGACACAGAUGGAGGUGAGCAAUGAUGUCCAGAAUGACUCUCGGAAAGAAGAAACAUUAAUGCAUUGUGAUCUCGAAAAUGCAGCAGCUGGACAUGAUAAACCCAAGGAAAUGCUGGAUGAGGCACAGAAAGCUAGAAUAUAUGAGAAUUUACGCCGAUUCGAAAAUCCUAUGGUGUUGGAGUUAUGUGGAACCCUUUUCGCUGAGAAGCGCAAGUCUAUAUGGAGCGGGCCUCAUUCACUAAGUGGACAUCAGAGUUCUAGUCGUCUUGGAAAUUCUAUGCAUGCAGCUUUUGCAUCAUUCAUGAAGUAGGUGACAUUUGUGGACGGUUUCCAGCAGCAUCACACCUUAGAAAUAAGAGACAAGUAGUCCAGGACAAUCAGUUCAAUGUAUAGCUAAAAAUAUGUACCUAAUCACUUUUGUACGAGGGACGAACCAUCAAAGAGUGAAUUUCAAUAUCUACCCGGAGACUAUUACGAAAUAUUUAAGUAGAAUUGACUGAGCUUCUGCUGGGUUUUCUUUAAA